AUGGACAAUUGGCCAGGAUAUGAGUUGAAUUUAUUCACAUACCCACAGCACUGUUAUGAUGAUUUGGAAUACGUACUCAUACCUCAUGGCAUCAUUGUGGACUGAAUUGAGUGGCUGGCUAAGGACAUUAUGAAAGACAUAGGAUAUUGUGACAGUUUGAUCCCAUGUGUGCUUAAAGGAGGUUACAAAUUCUGUGUUCAUCUUAUAGAGCACCUUAAGAACAUCAGCCAGAAUCCAGAUAGAUGUGUCUCUAUGAAGGUUAAUUUCAUCAGACUAAAGAGUUAUCAGAAUGAUCAGUCCAUGGACAAGACGCAGAUCACAGGAGGCGAGGAUCUUUCAGUACUGGCUGGCCAGGCUGUCCUCCUGCUUGGAGAUCUUGUUGGGACUGGGAAGACCGUGAAAGCCCUGCUCAGCAGCGUAGAGGAAUAUAAGCCCAACAUGAUGAAGGCAGCCAGUUUGUUGGUAAAGAGAAUCUCAAGAAGUGAUGGCUUUAGACCUGACUAUGCUGGAUUUGAGAUUCCAAACUUAUUUGUGGUGGGAUAUGCCUUAGAUUAUAAUGAAUACUUCAGAGCUCUGAAUAUAAGUCUUCACAUAUGUGCCAUCAGCGAACACGGUAAAGGAAAAUACCCAGUCUAAACAAGCAAAUGCUCACCGUCAGAUGCCCAAAUAACAUCACA